UGGAGCUUCAUGGAGUUCCUCUUGGUUUCAUUUACUGUCAACCACACAUUUAACACAUCUUAAGUGUCGCAUGUGUGCUGUAAUGUAUUAUACCUCUGACUUCCCUCAAGAUCAUAUUUAGUGUCUUCUGACAGUAAUAAAUAUGAAGGGGAUCCAGUACCUGACUUUUAUUGGGACUCUCCUCAUCACACAGACGGGAUAUGUGUGCAGUGACACUGAGUUCCUGGAGAGGAAUGAGGGUGGCUUUGUGGUGUUUCCCUGUGUGGUACAGCAAAGCAUCCCUCCCCCUUUUGGUAUCUACCUGAAGCGCAGCUGGCUGAAUCCUAGUGAAGUUCUGUUCAUGCACACCAUGACCGAAUUCACUGUGGAAAACAAUGAUGAGAAGAAGCGCAUCAGUGUCAGUGGAGACCCGAGCACACACUCUCUGAAUGUGACCAUCUCUCAGCUGAGUGCCAGUGACACUGACCGCUACUUCUGUGAGUUUGUGGUUGAACAACCUGCCUCUGAAGACACAAAGAUACGUGGGAAGACUGAUUUCUUCCUCCUUGUUAAGGGUGACGCCCCUGGGUCUGUGGACAUUGGGUUGGUAGAGACGUGUUCUGGGGGCUCAGCUAUACUCCCCUGUCUCCCCCCCCACGGGGAAGCCAUGGCCGUGGAGGGGGUGAGUCUGAAGCGGCAGAGGGGCCGGGGACCUGUGGAGGAGUUGUACAAUUCAAAGCGUCAACACGGCAGUAGCCCCCUAGCCUCCUCCUUCCCUGUUGAGAGGGUGCAGCUGUCCUCUGCGCCGGGCCCCAGGGGCCUCACCUACAACCUCACCCUGCAGAAAAUGCAACCGGACGACAGCGCCCUGUACAGCUGCCAACUGCUCCUGCAGGGCGGGCCCUACACCAGCACCAGUCUAGGGAGAAAAGUGUUCUUUCUCUCAGUGCAAGGAGGUCAGUGUGGCUGCUCCCAGUAUUCCAAUCUGAUAUAUGCUUUGUCCUCAGCUGUAUUGGUUCUCCUCCUCCUGCUUCUCCUUGGAUUUGUGGUCAUUUAUAAAAGCAAAGCACGCCGCAAUGUCAAGUCACACCCUCAGGCCCCCAUCUACGAGGAGAUGACCGGGAUGCAGAACGUCAGUCGAAAACUGCCACCCUGCAAUCUGGAGGAAAUGGAGCCUUCUGAGUACACAAACUGCAGUGUGAAGAAAUCCUGUCCUGAAAACCAUUACGAAAGUCCCAGAGGGGCCCUCUGCCCCAGGAUUGAGUCUUAGAAAUGAAAUAUUAGAUCUUGUUACUAACAUCCUUUACUAGAGCAACUUACUCUCUGCUACCUGAAACUCACUGCAUUCACUGCCCUGUGUUCUAACAGAUUAAACAGAAAGAUUAUCCACAUAUUUCUUAUACAUGACUUGCAUCUGUUUGUUAGUGUUGGUAGUUUAAAGUCUUCUUUUGUUUUGAAAGAUGUUGAAAACAUUUCCUUCCUCAUAAAACAUUGACAAAACUACAUUUUUUUCUACAUUUCAUCACCGUGGGGACCAGGUGGUACGUACAUUUUAUCCUCAGCUCUUUACUGCACCUCAUACCCUCUCUCUCAGCUCGCUACUUUCAGCUGUACUAUACAAUAAAGAAAAGAAAAAAAAAAUUAGUAAGAAUUCCUGCUCACGACCCGUUUUCCCUGCAGACGAAGCCUUAAGAACCUACAAGGCAUUCGGGGCAUUCCGUUUAUGAUCGAGUGCUGUGUUUUUUUUAUUAUUAUUUAUCAGAAAAAAUAUGACUUUUUAAAUGGCAUAAUAUAUGAAAUUGUUUUCAUUUUAAUUGUAUACAUUCUGUAACUAUAAAACUAUGUUGGUACUAUUUUUUAUUGCAUGAUAUACUGUGAUUUUGACAAGGAAAUUGAUUUUGAUUCGAUUGUGUAUCAACAUCACCCCCACUCGUAAUAAACUGUCAACAAAAAAACA